AUGGCUCCCCGGAGAUCACACACGAAGUCGCGGACGGGAUGUCAGAGGUGCAGGAAGCGCAGAAUAAAGUGCGAUGAGACCCGCCCUUCGUGCGGUAACUGCACCAAGCAUGCCGUCGCCUGCGAUUUCGCACUCAUCACUGGUAAUACUGUGCAUGAUCUCCUUUUCCAUGAUAUCGACGGCAAAGAGUCGCGCAAUCAAGCAUUGUCAUCUCGAUCGCCAGUAAUGCGGCUGUCGUCACCCUCCUUCGCAAUAUCAGAAAGCCAACUUAUACCGCCUUCCUUCAGCCAAUUCGGGAUCCCAACAACGGACCUAAAAAAUCUCAAUCCGGUCGACCUCUCUCUGAUGCACCACUGGACAAUCGCCACCUGGAGCACCGUGAGCAACCGCGCGGCAAUCCAGCAACUCUGGCGCAUUAACAUCCCCGCGUUGGCCGUCCGCCACCCAUUCCUCAUGAGCGCGGUACUCGCCGUCUCCGCGAUGCACCUCCACACCAAAGACCGCGACCGCAGCGCACGCACGCGCUACCUCUCUUCCGCGUCGCAACACCUCUCGCGCGCCGUGCGCGGGUUAUCCGGCAGCCUCGCGCACCUCUCGGAAACGAACUGCGACGCCGUCUUCGCGACCGCCAGUCUAAUCGCGAUCUUCUCCUUCUCCGCAUCGCACACCUCACCACGCCGGCUCGGCGGCCACAGUCGCCCCGUGUACACCGCCUGGGUGCCUCUAUUCCGCGGUGUGUCGUGCAUCCUCCGCCAGGACGAGGCCUGUGUGCGCAGCGGGCCGCUCUCGCCAAUGCUGCAGCAUUCCGCGGCGCACACGUGCACCGCCACGGCCGCGUCGGCGGAGCGCCUCGAUCCUGCGACCGAGCUCGUGUUCCAGCGGUUGUUCCAGCUGUGUACAGACCGCACGCUGCCGGACGGGGAGGAGAUCGCGGACACGGAGGUCGCGACGGCGUACUUCAAUGCCAUUGCGGAUCUGCGCAGGUCCUUCGCUACUAUCCACCUGUGGGACUCGGUUGUCAGCGCGGUUUUCCGCUGGCCGACGUCUGUCGCCGCCAGGUUCGUGGAGCUGCUCGAGCAGCGUCGCCCACGCGCUCUCGUCAUCUUCGUGCAUUACUGCACGCUGCUCUCGCUGCUAGAGGAGUUUUGGUGGGUCAGGGGGAGCGCGCUGUUUGAGCUGACACGGUGGGAGGAAUAUCUGAGCGAGGAGUGGAGUCCGUGGCUCGAGUGGCCACGACUUAUAAUCCGGGCGGGAGGCGUAGGAAUUGCCGUUGCGGGGGGCGAACGGGGGGGAGGGUAUUCGCCGUGUUCGACUGUGGAGCUCUAA